CAGUUCACACUGAAAAAUAAAAAGUAAUGUCGUCAAAUGCAAGUCCAGCAAAAUUUACAUAUAAACGAUAUUAGUCUCCCACCGCGUCCAUUGGUCAGACACAGUGGACAGGAUGCAUCACUUACUCAGUCUAGGUCUACUCUUGAUCUGUGUGGGAUUUUGUAUUCCUCAAUACCAGUGGCAAGAUUAUACAGGUCAAGCUUUUACUGGCUAUAACAUUGACCUUAACACUGACAAUAGCCUUGACUACAACCCCGGCUCCAACGCAGGUUAUAACCCAGACUACAGCCCUGGCUAUAGUUCCUCCUCUAACGACGGAUUUUGCGGUUUCCUUGGAAAAUUUCUAAUGUGUCAAUGCACGGAAGAAGCCAUAUGUGAGGAGAACCUUAUACCUUAUGGCUAUUGUCCAAUGCAUCCCAUGAUGCCGAUGGUGCGCACGCAAUGCUGUCCAAAAUCCUAUGUAAUGAUGUGCUCUCAACAGAAUAACCCCUACGAGACUCAGGGGGGAAGUUACUUUCUUAUGAUGCAGUCCGCAGCCAAUAGAGAGCUCUGAAACUUGAUUGUGAUAAUACAAUCGAAGAUUCUUAUAAAUAUACAUUUAUUUUUUUUCGAGAUUCAAAGUGUGUUCGAUUAUAAACAGUUGAUAAAACAACUAAGUACCAGACUUAUACUGAAAAAUCUUUGUCCAUAUUAAGUAUGGAAUUUUAAGGAUGAAAUUAUUUGAAUAGUCACAUCGUAUAUCGUUUUAGAAAAAUACCUGUAUCAUAUAUAAAAUGUUGUAAAAUUAGUUUGGUUGAAGUCUAUGCAUGAAAGAUAUUAGUGCAGAUCCAUCUUAGUAUAUAAAACAAUUUAAAACUCA